UAUCUAUAUCAAGCAUCUAACUUCUUCUUGACAUGUCUUGAGCAUUUUUCUGUACAAAAAUUGCAUUUUUCUUUUCAAUUUAGCGUUAAUCUUAGAAUCAACUUAAUUGAAAUCAUGUUUGCAGAUACUUUACUCAUCAUUUUUAUUUCGGUCGGCACAGCAUUGCUGUCAGAAGGAAUCACAUACAUCUUGGUAUACAGGACUGAGACAUACAAGAAGCUGAAAGCUGAGGUAGAAAAACAAAGCAAGAAAUUGGAAAGGACGAAAGAAGCGCUUGGUGAUUCAUCGGACAAGAACCAGAAGAAAAAGCUUGAGCGUCAGGAAGAAAAGUUGAAGACAAACAGCCGGGAUCUUUCCAUGGUCAAGAUGAAAUCUAUGAUUGUUAUUGCAUUCACGUUCACUUCGCUAAUGAGCAUGUUCAACUCAAUAUUUGAUGGUCGUGUCGUUGCCAAACUCCCGUUCACACCUAUCUCCUGGUUACAUGGUAUCUCGCAUCGUAAUCUUCUUGGAAAUGACUUUACAGAUUCCUCUUUCAUCUUUCUCUAUAUACUGUGCACCAUGUCUAUCCGGCAGAAUAUUCAGAAGCUCCUUGGAUUCGCACCUUCUCGAGCUGCAGCCAAGCAGUCUGGAGGCUUUUUCGGUCAGGCACAGCCAGGAGUUAAAUAGCGCCCUCAACGUAAAUAGCAGCCAGAGAGUGUCCUUUAAAUGAACAGUUCUUUUUUAAUCAUCAAUUGUUACUUAAAAGCCCCACUGUACUACUUGUAGCUCCUUGCUCCCUCUAUAUAGAAAACAAUGCCUAAUCGGUGACCAUUGGUCCCCCAUGAUCCUCUUUUUCUUAUGUUAAUUGAGAGCUGAGUUGAUGAGAUAGCCACCUAUCAGUGACCACCCUGGGUGGUCUGAUCCCUCCUAGCCAAACUAGUACUGACGGCCUUUAAAGGGUAGGAAUAGGGUUGAGGUCAGUUCAAAGGUAAGAGUUCGGUAUAGUGUUUGAUCCAGGGUUAAAGUAGGGCUCGACUCUCCACCCAUGUAUUAAUGAGUACCAAAUAUGCUGGAGCUCGUCUAUGAAUGGGGUAAUAAACUUGGAUUGACUUAAGUUGGACUUGAACUAUGGCAGGCCCUUCAUGCCACUGGUUGCUCUCUCAAGGGACGUCACAAAUCUACAGAAUUUACCUUUUUUUGAUCGUUCAUUGUUGAAGAAAAAAAAGUUAUUUACAUUGUAAUCUUAAGUUACAUUUAAGACUUGGACUUACACUAUGGUAGGUGAUUUAUGCCCUUAAAAAGUCUUGAACCAGAUGUAAUUUUAGAGGGAAAAAAGCUUAGACAUUGAUAUUUAGAAGAUAUUUUUUUUCUUCAAUAAUGAACCAUCAAAAUAUGUGAUUCUGUGGAUUUAUGCAUUCCCUUGAGAAAGCAAUGGUGAGAAACCAAUAGGUUAACACAUACUAGCUUACUACAGCUUAUCUUAAAGCUAAAGACCAGUUAUGGUCAUGCGAUUGCAUUGCGAAAGAAACGUUGUGAAAUCGAUCAGAAAAGGUUGAUCAUCUAGCAUAGAUGUACUGCAAGGUUCUGGAAUCAUCAAAAUGAUAAGAAAUUUGGCCAAGUCUUCAUAAAGUUAGAAGCACUGUACACAGAAAGAUGUAUAUGGGACUACACACACGUGCGCGACACGUGCAUUUCAUAUCUCUCAACAGGCGAGAGAUACACUAAUUUACCAAAUAUAUCAAUUAGUAGGCGGUUUCCCAUCAAAAUUUUUAUCAUCAUGUAAUAUUCAAAACAUAUUCUUUCACAUGAUUGGUAAUAAGAGCUUGCAUUUCAUUUUUUGAAAUUGGGGCGUUUCCAAUACUGGUCUUUACCUUUAAGUACUGUUUAGAAGCCCUCUCCUAGAUUUAUAAUACAGUGGCAAUAUAGAAAAAUAAUUGAAGACUGAAGUAAUAUAUAUUUUUAAAUGAUCACUUUUUUAUUUAUUCCAUGUUGAUGUCAUGCCCAUUUAUAUAUAUGGGACCUUUUCAAGUUUGAGGUUCAGUGAAAACAUUGCAGAAAAGGAAGAAUAUAAUAGAAGGUUGUUUAAAAUGUUCUGCAGAAGCCGUAACAAAUCAUGCAUAUACUUGAUAAGCAAACAUCCUGGGAAAUAAGUUGAAUUAUCAUUUCAAAAGCGUACUUUUCAUGUACCUGCAUUUUAAUUUUAUAAUUUGGAGAUUGUCAUGUUACUAUAAUUUUAGUGGAAGCCGUAGUUUACAAGUUGAGUUAUUUAGAACCAAUUUUAUUGAUUAUUUUUUUAAUUUAUCUUCCUGUUUUUUUGUAAGUGGAAGUAGUAGUUUACAAGAUUAGAUAAGUACCGGUAGUACUGAAUAUAUGUAUUAUCCUUAAGUUUUCCUAUUUUUGUUCAUCCUUUUUUUUUUUUUUCGUCAAAAGGGAUUAACAUUUGUAGGCUUCUUUUUCUAAAUGUUUGAAAUGGUCUCAGUGAUAACAAAAGCCUUUAUUUUCAUUUGAUUUCAAUAGAUAAAUAAAAGGAAUGCUACACAAUGAACUACAUUAAGGUCUUUGUGCUGCGAACAGGUGUUUAUUACUCAAUGUUUAAUAUUUGUCUUUUUAUUUUGUAUUUUUAUCCCAGUAUUAGUGCAUGCUAGCUGGUUGUCUUUGUGAUAUUCUCAUUCCAAAUAAAACCAUGAAUUUUUAUCUGA